AUGGAAGGUGUCGAAGGACGAGCCAAAAGACAAGCGUUCAAGGAUCAAGCAUAUCCUAACACCACGUGGCAACAAGGAGUCUUCUACCGCUUCGACGAUGGUGUAGACUUCAUUACAAAGCGAAUAUUCGAAAAGGGGGCGAAACAAUGGGAAGAAGCAACAUGCCUCAAUUUCACCGAAGAUAAGGACAAAAAGGUUCACUCGUCGUUGAAGAACUCAUUUGUGACGAAAUGGCCAAUAGAUGACAUUUCAGCUGAAAACAGCAUUGUGCUAAUCAAGGAAGAUGGCUGCUGGUCAUAUGUAGGACGAGUCGGUGGUGAGCAACCUCUCUCACUUGGUGACGGCUGUGAUCAGGUUGGAAUCGCUACACAUGAACUCGGUCACGCGCUUGGGCUCUUCCACACCAUGUCACGUUACGAUCGUGAUGAAUUUAUUACAGUCGUUCUUGAUAAUGUUGUGGAAGGUUUCGUGGAUCAAUACGUGAAAGAGACAAAUGAAACCACUACCAACUAUGGAUUCACCUAUGAUUAUGGUAGCAUUAUGCAUUAC